UACGUUUUCCAAUUUGUUUGCUGCUGAAUUUCGGUGUAGUUUACAAAAAUAAAGUAUAAAAGAAAUGCAAACAAUUGGCCGUUUGCUGUUGUUGUUUUGUACGCUACUUUGCAUAUUAACGCAAAUAACUAGUCAGGAGGCCGGUAACCAGCUACCUGAAAAAUAUGUGGAAUCCGUGCAACGUUCAACACACACCAACAACUGGGCGGUGCUUGUCGAUGCAUCACGCUUUUGGUUCAACUACCGGCAUGUGGCUAACGUGCUGAGCAUUUAUCGUUCGGUGAAGCGUCUGGGCAUACCCGACUCACAAAUCAUACUCAUGUUGGCCGAUGAUAUGGCUUGCAAUGCGCGCAAUCCACGUCCUGGUCAGGUGUAUAAAAAUUAG